GGAGAGCAUCUCCAGUAAGCAAAGUGGCCUCUCCCCCCACCGCCCCUCUCUCUCUCUCUCUUCAAAUUGGCCUUUUUCGGCUUCUUCCUCACUUUCUCUGUAGUGGUAGGAGAGUUACCAUUUUCUGGUCCUCAGGCGCAAUAUCUACACCGAAGCUUGCCUUGACUCCGGCGAACUUCAAUGCGUCUUUUUGCGUAAUCUCUCAGCUUAAAAAGCUCCUGCCUUUUCUUUCUCCAAGCUUAGAUCUUUCUCCAUUUGUGCUGAACAUGAGCUCCCGACUUCAUCUACCGCUCUGCUUCUUCUUCAUCCUACCGCUCCUCGUUCUCUCCGCGACGCCAACCCUAAACGACGAUGUCCUGGGUUUAAUCGUCUUUAAGGCCGACAUCGAAGACCCGGAUUCAAAGCUUGCAUCUUGGAACGAAGACGACGACACCCCUUGCAACUGGUUCGGAGUCAAAUGCGACCCAAACUCCAACCGAGUCUCAGAGCUCGCCCUCGAUGGGCUCUCCCUCUCCGGCAAGCUCGGUCGCGGCGUUCUCCAGCUUCAAAACCUACAAACCCUUUCACUUUCGAGAAACAACUUCUCCGGCUUCCUCAUCGCCGAACUUCUCCGUCUGGAGAGCCUUCGGAGCGUCGAUCUUAGCCAUAACAGCUUCUCUGGCUCAAUUCCUGAUGGAUUCUUCUCGCAAUGCGGGUCCUUGAGGUUUCUCUCUAUAGCUAACAACAGGAUUUCUGGGGAGAUUCCUUCCAAUGUGAGCUCUUGCUCCACCCUUGCAGCACUGAACCUUUCCUCCAACCAGCUUUCUGGUGCUUUGCCGGGCGGAAUUUGGUCUUUGAGUGAUCUCCGGUCUCUUGAUCUCUCUGAUAAUGCUAUCGCCGGAGAGAUUCCGGUGGGGAUUGGCCGGAUGUUCAAUCUCAGGUCGGUGAACUUGCGCGGGAAUCAGCUCUCAGGGAACUUGCCUGAGGAUAUUGGGGGCUCUUUACUUUUAAAAGAUAUUGAUGUUGGCGGGAACAUGCUCGUUGGAUCUCUUCCGAGCUCCUUGCAGAGGCUUUCCAUGUGCAGUUAUCUUGGAUUAGGCUCAAAUUCCUUCUCUGGUGAGCUUCCAGAUUGGAUAGGAGAAAUGACGAAUCUUCAAACUUUGGAUUUGUCCCGAAAUCAAUUUUUGGGCCAGAUUCCAGGUUCCAUUGGUCAUCUUCAAGCCUUGGAAGGACUUGACCUUUCUGAGAACAACUUUACUGGGAGAUUGCCGGAAUCCAUGGCUAACUGCACAAGCCUUCUUGAUUUGGAUUUGAGUCGCAAUUUUCUAACUGGCAAUCUGCAACAAUGGAUCUUCCUUCUAAGGUUGAGAAAGAUCAAGGUUGCAGAGAACAAACUGAGUGGAUUUAUUCAAAUUCCCGCAGCAAGUUCUUCAACAAUAACAGUGCUGGAUCUUUCCAGGAACACCUUCUCUGGAAAUAUUCCGAAUGAAAUUUCAGCCAUCCAGAGCUUGCAGUUCUUGAAUCUAUCCUCAAACAGAAUCUCAGGCACUAUCCCAUUAGCAUUUGGUGAAUUGAAGUCCGUUGAAGUUAUUGAUUUGAGUGGGAAUCAGCUCAUUGGUAGCAUUCCAUUUGAAAUUGAAGGAGCAUUAGCCUUGAAAGAGCUAUUACUGUCAAAAAACUCUAUCAGUGGAGAAAUUCCUGGAAAGAUUAGUAGCUGUGCUUCCCUCACUUUGCUGGAUCUUUCACAGAAUAAUCUCACUGGCUCAAUUCCUCCAAGCUUAGCCAAUCUCACCAAUCUCCAAAAUGUAGAUCUUUCUCUUAACAAGCUCACAGGAAGCCUACCAAAGCAACUGGGUGACCUUCCUCACCUUCUCUCUUUCAACAUCUCCUACAACAACUUCUCAGGUGAUCUUCCUGCUGGGAACUUCUUCAAUACUAUUUCGUUUUCCUCCAUUGCUGACAAUCCAGACCUUUGUGGUGCUGCUGUCAACCGUUCCUGUCCUGCUUUCCUUCCCAAGCCCAUAGUGCUUAACCCCAAUUCCUCCUCAACCUCCACUCCCUCUUCAACCUCAGCUCUUCCUACUGAAAACUACCACCACAAGAAGAUUGUCUUCAGCAUAUCUGCCCUUGUUGCCAUUGCUGCUGCUGCCAUUAUCAUCCUUGGUGUCAUCACCAUAUCUAUCAUAAACCUUGGAGUGAAAACAUCGGCUUCGCAUUCUGCCGCCGCAAUGGCUGUUACUGAUGACUACCUCAGACAAUCUCCCACUACUGAUUCCAGCUCUGGAAAGCUUGUCAUGUUCUCUCGAAAUGACCCUGAGUUUUGCGCCGGAGCUCAUGCUUUACUGAACAAGGAUUGUGAGCUUGGCCGUGGUGGCUUUGGUGCUGUCUACAAGACCAUGCUCCAAGAUGGCCGGCCGGUGGCAAUCAAGAAGCUCACUGUUUCAAGUGUAGUGAAAUCCCAACAAGAUUUUGAGCUGGAGGUGAAGAAGCUGGGGAAAUUGCAGCAUCCCAAUCUUGUUACUCUUGAAGGUUAUUACUGGACUUCUUCUUUACAACUCAUAAUCUAUGAGUAUGUAUCCGGUGGGAGUUUAUACAAUCUCCUCCAUGAAAGCUCAAAGAGUAAGACUCUUUCAUGGCAAGAACGGUUUGACAUAAUUCUAGGGACUGCAAAGAGUUUGGCUUAUCUUCACCAACACGGUGUAAUACAUUACAACCUGAAAUCAUCUAAUGUAAUGCUUGAUGAUUCUGGGGAGCCUAAGGUUGGAGAUUAUGGAUUGGCAAAGCUGUUGCCGAUGCUCGAUCGGUACGUCCUCAGUAGUAAGAUUCAGAGCGCGUUGGGAUACAUGGCGCCUGAAUUCGCAUCUAGGACUUUGGUGAUUUCCGAGAAGUGCGAUGUCUAUGGAUUUGGAGUGCUUGCACUUGAGAUUGUGACAGGGAGGAAGCCGGUGGAGUAUGCUGAGGAUGAUGUGAUUGUUCUUUGUGACGUGGUUAGGGGAUUGCUUGAUUUGGAUAGAGUUGAGGAUUGCAUGGAUGCUAAGCUCUGUGGGAAGUUUCCAAUGGAAGAGACUAUACCAGUGAUCAAGCUCGCCUUGAUUUGUACUUCACAGGUGCCAUCAAGCCGGCCAGAUAUGACUGAGGUGGUUAACAUACUUGAGCUAAUCAGGUUUCCUCAAGGUACCUCAGAAGAAGAACUGAGUUGAAGUUCUAGAUAAAAUCAUCAAAUUUUUUGAGAAUUUUAUGGAUCUGAGUAGGAAAAGAGAAAGGAGAAAGGAAGAAUGACUGUUUUCUGGUGAAGAGGAAUCCGGUUCUUUUUUCCAUAUGUAGAAUUUUACACUCCAAUUUGCUCGGUGCUUCUUGUUGCCGGAUUCCUCUUCACCAUGCUAUGCUUUUGAUUUGCUUAGUUUUGACGAGAAAAUGUUCUCUUUUUAGGUCUUUAGUCAUGUGAGCUGGUUUUCAAACUUUCUAAUUUCUAACGGUCUAAUUCCCUUGAAGACCUUUGAAGCAUCGGUGCAAUUUUUUUUUAAAAUUCUCUUGAUUUCUGAUCUUAGAA